GGAGGGCGCACGAUUCGAGUCUGUUUUUUGGUGGUGUUUCGAUUAUCAGUUCGGAUUAUUAUUCAUGACUUCUUUAUGAACCUGAAUGCCUAACAUAUAAGCCUUUCAAAUCACAUAUUUUAGAUAUAGUUUUACAAAUAAUUUCACACCUCUGAAACAAUAUUUCUCAAUAUAUGAUGCUGUGGUCGCAAAUGGUUCGCCAACCUAACAAAUGGGACUAAAAUGUAUGUGUGGAUACUUCUUGUCACGUCUUUAUUAAAAACGUAGUAAGAUCAUGAUAUUCAGGGAAUUUCACCAUAAAGAUUUGAAUGAUGAUUCACAUGUCAAGUUCUUUACCGAAAUGGUGUAGAUCAUUCUAAUUAUUUCUCAUUUGGAGUAUGGGAGAAUCGGCUUUAAAGGUAGUUGUUGGCGAUGGAGAGUUUGUUCUUGACAAACCAGAUAUCGUUUCCCAAUACAGUCGUGUAAUUUCAGUCUCUCCAUCGAAUUCAAUAUUAUCAGCUGGAUUAAAAGUUGGGGAUCUUGUAACGUGUAUUGACAGGAUUCCUAUUGGUGGACUAAAACUCGAUGAAUUGCAGUCUUUAAUUAAUGACUCUACCAGUUCCGGUGAACUGAAACUGAAAGUGAUAGAUAAUGGAGGUGAAAUAUGUUGCUCCUUCCCAGUAGAAGUUGGUAACAAAACAAUUUGUCAAACAAUAAAAAAAGUUACUGAACUCUCAUCAGACAAAUCAGAACAUGAGAAUUUGCGAAUAAUACAUCGACAGGCUUAUCGUUCAUCUCCAGACACUGCUAGGUCGCAACGCAAUUUUAAUGUAAGGAAUAGCUCUCUCGAAAAACCUGGUCCGCAAAUAAAUUACAAACCAAAGCACACUUCUACCUGUUCUCCUGUUAUUGGUUCAUGCGACUCUCAGUUAGGUGCUGUUGCAAGACUAGCUAUCGAUGGCGGUCUGACAACUGAUCAACUGCUUCAAAUAGGAUCCUCAGAAACUAAUCAACCUGGGCAUUAUUUAUAUCAAUCAGUCAUCUGCUGUAAUCAGAAACGUUUGGUACCAGAUCCCAACUACAGUUUUUCACACUCAAGGAAUACGAAUUUUUCAACCACGCAUCCUACUUCGCCGUACCCUCACGUUUGUCGUGUUUCCCCACGAGGGACUAGAAGACCUGUAUGUUAUAGCUCUAGCCAAUCUGUUAACCUUGUUCGAGGUCCCGGUACAACUGCAGCGCAUGACCAAUCACACGUUGCUAUUUCUCCUACCCAUACUGCUGAUAGCAAUCCUCGUCUAUCUCAGUGCACGACAUCUCGUGAUAACCUACUCACGUGGCAUAAUCUUAACAACAGUAGUCGUGUUUCCCUUGCUGCUCAAAUGACUCGCGUUGGCGGACUUGUUUUCGCCACUGGUUCACCAAAUCUUGUAUCAGAAAAUUCGGACUCGAACCCGGUUGAAAAAAGUAUUUCUUCAGCCAAGCCUUAUCAAUCAAUAUCUGCAUGUACUUCUCCCACCAACUUGAAACAUACUGUGUCAUCUAAUUCCCAAUCAGGUUCUUUCUUUUCAUGUUCAAAUGUUCCUAGUCCAACGAAUACCCCACCUUUAUCUUCCACGAAUGCCACAUACAAUAUAGCAGCUACAGAUAUAGUUCGUUUGGGACCAGGUAAUAUUGUUACUCGAGCUGCAGCUGGUUCGACUGUGUACAGUCCUUCAAGUUUGAUUCGAAUGCACUGUUCUCCACAACCAUAUGUUGGAAUGGGGAUGACUGGAAGUCCUUAUGUUCCGGUAGUGUCCACGCUUACAAUCUCUAAUUUAAACGUCCCUUCACCUGUAUUAUCGGAUGGAGAUGAUUCUUGUUUAUGUACAAAGCCCACCAUCAAUUCUGAACCGAAUAUUUCAACUACAUAUUCAGAUUUAGAGACAAAUAGAACACCUGAAUCAGUCUUCCCUUGUUCAACAUCUUCACCAAGUCCUACAGAAAUGUCUUCAUCAAUAGUAAACCGACCAGGAACGAAGAAAAGUUAUGUGAAUCCUUCUCUACGAUCUUCAGCACCUGUUACAUCAUCAUCCCAAUAUAUUCCUUCUUCUGAAGGCCCUGUCGCUGAUUCCUUCCUACCUCAUCCUAAACCAUUGAAUCUUUACAAUGUACCAAGUUCACAAAUAGUUCGAACCGUUAGACAUCUUCGGCGUAUUAGACACAUUCUUGGUGAUUCAAUUGGCUACACUAGUUCUGCAACGUCAGCAUCCACCAGUGCACUUGCAGAUGAAGAUAAAGAUGACUCUGUUAGUUCAUCUAAAGUUAGACAACUACGAUUUCAUGGUUAUCAUUCAGUUGAAUCGAUCAGACGAUCUAGUUUACUAUGUGAUUGUUUUCCAAAUCAGUCUACAGAUGUGAAUGAUAGGAAAUCUGUAAAAAUUUCCAACUCUCAUACACCGUCAUAUCCUGUGACUGCAUCUAUCGACUGGAAUGAUUCUGAAAUAGAGGAUUCUAAAAAAUCACUUGUUUGGUGUAAUUAUCAAAUGACGUUAUCAGGUCAAACACUUGUGUUAACACGAGUAAAUGAUUCUUCAAGUCAGAUUUCUAACCAUCACACUGAUCUUUACGAAAAUUCCAUGCAUAUUCAUAUUCCAUUGUCUGGAGAAAGUUUAAUUUGGUAUUCAGCUUCUGAGUUGCCCGGGAUAACAUGUACAUCUUUACCAUCGAAUUGGGAUUCAGGAGCUGGAGUUAUUGGUGUGUUACACAGUUCAAAAUUAAACUUAACAUGUUACCUUAGCUUUUCGGAUCGUCAGAUAGCGUCUAAUAUCUUUGAUCACUAUGGACCAGGGAAAAUCAGUGAAGAGUCUAAAGAGAAACACUCUACAGCCAAUUCAUCUCAACCUAGCUUGCCAUCACAUAGAUUACGUUCUAAGUUUUCCUCUGGACGAUCUAGUAUUGGUCUUGCUGGACCUUCUGGUGUAGCGCCAUUAUUUAAAGCUGUUGGGACUGCUGCAGCAUCAGUUGGUAUGCAGCUUAGCGAGUAUGUGAAUUUUCAAGGACUAUUACAAUCUCAUAAACAAGCUACAGUCUCUGUCUCUUCUCCACAAGAGUCUGCUUUAUCUGAAAAUGGUGAUAUUAACAAAUCAAAGAGUGAUCAGACUUCAAGUGUCCAAUCAUCUAAUCCAUCAGAUUUUACUGCACAGCCUAGUAAAGCUAAAGAGCUUAGAUUUCUUCCUUCUUUUCCUCGAGGUCGUGGACGUUUGCAUCAAGCGCUUACGAAAAUGAAACGUGCAGCAACAGCAUCUUGUGAUCCUACUACCCGUUCAAGUUCCAGCGUAACAACGAGAAGAUUUGCUUCAUCUCAUGGUUUUGGGAAAAACAAAUCUAUUCAUAUAAGUUCUCCUCUUAAAGCAUCCACUGAAGAUAUGAAUUGCUCAAAUAAAUUAGGAAACAUUUUCAAUUCACCAUCUCAUUUACAUAAUAAUCAUAAUAAUAGUCAACUUGCAUUAUUAUUGGCUACAUCGGUCUCACCAUCACCUUCGUUGCAAACUCCAUGUUUAACGUACUUGCAGUUAGAAUCUAAUGAAUCAGUUAACUCUAAUAUUGAUUCAUCUAAUUUGUCAGAAGGUCCUCAUGAAUAUUCAAACAAAGAAACAGGUCGUUAUAUCGGUAUAUCAGUCAAUCAACAAUCUAGAAGAGAACAUAAAGCAACCAGUCAGCUUACUGUUUUAGUGUCGGAAACUGUAGAUCAAGACAUAAACUCAGAUGGUAAUGCAAUUCAAAGUACUAGUAAUCGAAGUGAAUGCACAUUGUUUGUUCAAACCAAACAUCCUUUCGUACCAUUGCCUGUUCAAUUAAGUAACCCUUUACCAUUACAUAAAUGUCCUAGAAGUACAUUAUCUCCCUUUGUUCCUUUUGUGGUAGAACUAUGCGUUACACUAGUCGAACGCUAUGGUCUCAAUUGUAUCGGUAUUUAUCGUUUAUCUGGAAGCAAGGUGGCUCAUGACUUCAUUACCUCUGAAUUAAGUAGGGAUAUUACUACAAUCGAUGUAACAUCAGAUAAAUGGAAUGAUUUACAUGCUGUUUGUGGAGUUUUGAAAACAUUUCUACGCAAUCUUCCAGAUUCCCUUUUUCCUAAAGUUAUGUAUCCAGAUUUUCUGGCUGCGUGUCGCUUACCACAACGUGAAAAACGUCUUCUAUCUAUUCAACGUUUAUUAAGUAUUAUGGAAUGUUAUCCAUGUCAUCCAGAGUAUAGAGCACAUAGAGCUACACUUCGUUAUCUUGUUACUCAUUUAGCUCGUGUUAGUGCUCGUGAAGGAGUGAAUAAAAUGACAGCAUAUAAUUUAGCGUUAGUAUUUGCACCAAAUCUUGUACAACCAUGUGAAGAUUCGCCUGAAUUACUAAUGAGUGAUUCUAAAUAUAAAAUUAUGCUUGUUGAAACUGUGAUCAAAUAUCACGCGUGGAUAUUUUCACCAGAUUUAGGGCUAGAAAGUGGUUGCUCUGUCCCACCAGAUUCAACAGAAGAUUUAACACCUGAAAUUGAUAUUAAUAGUAAGAAUAAUUCUACAAUAUGUGAUAGUUCAACAAUAGAUUCUGAGGAUUCAAUUCAGCAACCGGGACGAUUAGAAGGUGACGUUCAACCGUUGGUCGCUGAAUUAUUAACUGCUGCUGCAAGUCUACCACCUCCACCAUCUGACAUGGAUUUAGAAACAGCUGAAAUACCUGGACCAGAAUCUGAUCGACCUUCUGACAUCAUUAUGUCCAGACCACGUUUCACUUCAAUCCCGACUAGUAAUUGGUCGUCUUCAGUAACAAGUAUUUCUAGAAUAUCAUCUGGUGGCAUACUCAACGAAUUGAGUACAACAACAGAAAAUUUAUCCACAUUAAAAAUUAAAUCAGAUUUCAGUGAAGAUCAAACAGUUGCAUCAGAUGUAGAACAUAAUGAAACUGAAGGACAUUUAUUAAGUGUUACUAGUUCAAUUUUACGAUCCCUUCAGACUCCUUCAGGGUUCGGUACUAAACUGGAUAAUCUACGUCACUUAAGUCAAGGGUGUUUAGAGGAAUAUACAUCCGAAGCCCGUAAACUUGGUGUUCGAGUUGCAGAAAGCAAACGUGUACUCGAGAAUACUGUAGCACAACGUUUACAUGCAGAACAACGUUUAUUUGAAGCCAGAAUUGAAUGUUCAGAGCCAUUUGUAGCAACAUCACUAAAACCUCAAAAUGAUCUGUCUACAGAGUUAAUUGUUCAGUCUCAGAGUCCCAAUAAUAUGUCAACUUCAAUUAAUCCUACCCCUUCUAUUACUGCUGGUAAAAUAGGAGAUCUGGGUGUUAGUGUAUUCAAAGAUGAAAGUUCGAGCAAUACUGUUCAUCUUGAAUAAAAUAGACCUAUUGGUGAUAUUUAGGGGUAAGCUGACAAUCAAUGCAAAUCGUUCUGUUGUCUGUUGUGAAAAAAGAACGAAAUUUUGUUUGCAUGCAUUUUCACAAAUGAAGUUGUCGUCUUCUGUAAUGUUUGUUUAUUUUUUAUAAAGAAAAGUGCAUUUUUAAGAGGCCUCUAGUGAAAAUUUUAAAAUUUAUGUUUGAUUCAAUUGUUCCACACUUAAAUAUUAUUAUUUCUGUGUAUUUUUUUCAAUUUUCCCUAUUUUAACAUUUAAUGCAUGGUUUCUGCAUAUUGGUUUUUUAUAGUCUUGUAUGUAAUCUUACGUGGUUUUAAAAUGCCAAUUCUUUUGUAAGGUUAAUAUUAAGCGUUUAAUUGCGUUGAUUCAUUACAUUAAAAUGAAGUUGGUAUGCAUAAUCAUGAAUUAGAUUAUUCAAGUCUUGUUGAUAUGAGAUCGGGAUAGAUGUCUCAUAGUCUUGUCAAUCGAUUUGUCACUUCAUUAUAUCACUUUAACACCCUAACCCUAACAAUACUUAUUUUUGAUGAUCCCAUUGUAUAUGCAAAAAAUAUAUUUCUAUUCAAAAUGUAGGUAAUUACACAUAUUUUUUAACUUUAAAGUGUUGAUAUCUCAUAAUCAGUAAUAGAAAUAAACCGAUUUGCUCCUUAAUGGACAGAUAAACUCAGAGGUGAUGUAAUUUGGCAAGACAAAAGUAAGUUUUUCGUAAGUGAAAUGCUGAAGUUGUUCAACUACCUCAACUCCCCCCUCCUAUAACAAGUUUCGAGACAACAAUUUACAUUUGAGUUAAUCAACUGUUUUCAACAGUAAACAUUUAUAAACUGGGAUAAGUUUCUUACUUUUGUGUGUUACUUCUGAUAUCUCUUUACAAUGAAAGUAGUCUACCGGAAAUUUUCAUUUAUACGGGGUAUUCGACACACUAAGUCCCACUUAUCCCCUUAUUCGUUGCUUAUUGCAGUAUUCCUAAACGGUCCUGCUGUAUAAUCUAAUCAGGACAUAAUCGUCUUUUUUAGCUCAAAGUAAUCAUUACUUGUGUGCAUACUCAUUGAGUCAUGCGUUUUUCAUGGUCACUUCCUUUAUAAUCAGAAUAGCUGGACGUUUCAAUCAGUUAAUCAGUCAAAUGCAACAUAGAUAUUGUUAUGUCUGUUCAUCGGUCCAAGUUCCCAUGCCACUUCAGCAUAGCGAGAUGGAAUUGUCAAAAAUAACCCUAGAAUAGUAUUAUUAGUAACAGAAUUAGGCAGUAGAUUAGAUUAUACAUCAAAGAUGCGAUUCGAGAAAAUACAAAUUGCUGAAAUAAGAAAAAUUUUAAGGAAUUCGGAAGCUCAGAAUUUGAGGAAGACGAAGAAUGGAUGUACCUGUGCCAUUCUAAGCGAAUUCGAGCCAUUUCGUUCAAAGUCUCUAACAAAUGGUUACGAUAAUCACACCUAUCCCAACCAGAUAGUCUACAUCUAUUGGCUUGGCUAAGUUCACUUGUCAGUGAAUCCAUGGACUGAUUCCACGUCUCACCUUGACCGUCCCUAGCUUUCUUUAAACCUACUUCAACACCAGAGAAUGUCACCCGUUGCGGUAGUUGGUGGUCUAGAAUAUGUAACACAUGCCCCAACCACCUCAGUCACUGAAGACUUACCACCUUAUAAAUCGAUUUGCCAUCCUCACUUAGUACCCUAUUCAUCCUAACCGAGGCGUUGCUUACUUAGUAGUCCAAAAAUACACGAGCUGUUUUUCAGUAAAUUGAGCUUUUACAUAAACAAAGUUUGUUUUUAAAAUUCGCUUGAAAAGUAAGUUUUCAUUAUGUAGUACAUAAUUGCAGUUUGCUUUUUCCUUUUUUAUCAAAGUGAUUCGCAUGCUGGUGCCAAUUUAAUCGUAAUGUCGAUUUCCUUUUAGUUAACUCUUUUAUAUUUCAAAAAACGAUUACUAUUUGUUGGCGAGUAUUUUUCUGUUUAAAUUAGUUAGAGUUAUAUAAUUCAAUGCAAUCUAUCAUUCUCGUUUUCUUAGACAUAAAAUGGCGAUUCUAGACACUUACUAAAUUGAAGUAAAUAUUUGAUCUCCACGGGUAAAUUUUGUUGUAAACCAAUAUUCACAAAAUGAAUUUACAUUAUAUAUGUAACAAUAAUUUUUCGUUGACAAAUUAUGGCAGUUAAAAGAAAUAAUGAUAAAAUAGAUACGUGUUGUGUUCAGUGAAUAUGUGAACUAAUAUUCUAACAUUACUGAUAAAAAUUCGGACAAACACUUAAGAAUUACAAAAAUAGACUUUCAGACAAGAUCGUAAGUACUGUAAAACUAAUCUAUUUCCAAAUGAUUUUUGACCUCCGUAUUUGAUUAAAACUCCAAAUAUAUGUGAUUUUUUAUGCUUUUCGAUAGCCGAAUCACUGUUUUGGGUGAGUCGCUAAUGAAUUAACUCCAAGAAAAUUAUAUGCACGCACAAGUUUGACAAAACAUUUAGGUUUUUAAAAAUUAUGGAACGAAAAACAUCUGAAUAGUCUCUUUUUGGAGGAAUCUUAUGGUUGCUCUAAACAAAAAAAAUCGGAUUCGACAAGCGUAUUUUUAUAAAUGAUCACUAUAAAAUUAAUUUACUAAAAUAUUUAUAAAAUAUAGUUUCAUAAUCUUAGUUCUAGUUUUUUGGACAAAUAACGUACGUGUCUUCCCUCUUCGGAAAGAUUGAUUGUCUUAGAAGUCACUGUUUAUAAACAAUCAAAAGAAAAAAAUAUAGAAUUAUCCUUAUCUUAGGACGAUAUUACUAUUGUUUUGUUAUAACUGCAAAAAAUUAAUUCUUUUAGUUUUACUCGUUUGCCCGUAAUUGUCGUAUAGAUUAUCUCAUUCCCUCAUUGUAUCUAUCCCGAUGAAACGUUAACUCCAAAAGAUUAUGUCAAGUAAUUAUAAGAGUAAUAUAUAAGUUUCAUAAUUCGAAGGUGCCAUAAUAUUAUACUUGUUUCUUAAAAUACUGACAUCACCUGACUAUGACAAUCAAUUUUGAAACGAGGCUGUUUAUCUUGGAAAUUCGAACUCAGUUAAGUGCAGAAUAUGUAACCAAGAAAUUAUGACUUUUAAUUACAAUAGAUAUUUGAUCAAUGAUAAAAAUUAGAGUCUGAUGAUAGCCCAUGUGACUCUGUGUCUACUCAGUAUAUUAUUGGUGGGCUGUGUAGUUUUCUCGGUUCACUUUAAAUAUGCAUCUACUGGCUAUAUGGUUUUACCUUGGUGUCUAAUACUUGCCUAAUGUUCAGUGUUAACUAGGGUAGAAGUGGUUUGGAAAAAAAACAGUACAGGAUAAUCCAAGCCGUUUUCUCAACUCAUGGGAUCGCCAACUAUUUGACUGAAACAUGUUUGUAGGUGCAAACUUCCUGGUUCUGAUCUGUGCGACCAGUGGUUGAAGGUGUUGACUGAUGUAACUCAGAUUCGAUCACAAUAUUGCUUUUCUCCCUCCGUCGUCCAUGUGUACCUUUAUUUCCUUCUUUAUGGAGCCGUGUUUUCACUACUUAAUCUUAUUAUUAUUGAUGAUAUCAUUAUUAUUUAUUUUGACUUCAUCAGUAUUUAUCUUGUUACUUUCAUCUCGUUGUGCUGACGUAAUAUAACACCUUGGGCUAAAGCACGCUAAUACCAGCCUCUACCUUAAUUAUAAUUGACUCACAAUUAAGAAAGACGUUUUACUUGACUUUCCUGAUCUCAAUUAAACAUUCCCGUGUUUUUUCUUCUUUACAAAACUUAAAUUUUUUGUAGAGUUAUCUGUGUGUUGAUCGGCUUGUGUUUAUUAAAUUAUCGACACCAAUGUAAUGUGCUAAAUAAUGUUUUUCUUCCUGUAAACUUUUUCUCUAGUUUUUAAUAAUGUUUAUUCCAAGUUUUUCUGGUAAUCACUAAGUUUUUUUUAUGUAUACAUAUAUUUUAGGCUCUAAACGCAAUGAAAGUUGUUUCAUUCAAUUAAAAUUGUUUCCUUAUGACUAUUAUUAUUAUUGUAAUUAUAAUAGUCGACUUUCGACAUCGAUGAAUUUUAUAUUCAGAAUGUACAAAAAGAAAUACAUUGAUUUCCAAUUAUCCCUUUAUUUACUAUAAGAUUAUGAAAGUAGACAUGUUUAUACUUUCAGAUUUCGCGGGAGAUACUUUUCAAAUUGUAUUCCACUUAUCAUUCAUGACAGUUAUUUGUGUGAAACAGAUUUUUCCGUUUCUUUUUUCUUCUGCUUCUUCAAUGAAAUAUCUGUUAAUGCACGUAUUCAGUUGAAUUGAUAUUUACAAUUAUCAAUCAUCCUGUCAACUUCAUCUGCAUAUCUCCAUAAAAUAUACAAUCGUACAGAGAAAGAAUGGAUGCAAAACCCAUUGAUGGGUCCAAUUUCCUACUCUCUCGCUGCAUUAUAUCCCUUUUAACACUAUAUUACUGUCCUAUGUGCCAAGCUGUGUAAUAAAUGAUUACAUUGUGUAAAAAAAACCAUUUCUUUGUUCUUGUUAACCUAUUUCAUUUCUCAAAAAGUCAUUUAUUUGCCAAUAUAAUAUAUAUAUAUAUAUAAUGCCUUUGUUAGAAAUUUUUUCAAAUAAUAGCUUCAAUCCUCUGUAUUUUCAAUAAUAUACAUAUUUAUUAUACUUUCUCUUUGGUAGUAUUUAGCUUUUCAAACCUUUUCCCCUUGAUCAUAACCGUCAUUCUUACCAGUCUAUUUAUUUAUUUGUCUAUGUGAAUUUCUUUUUUAAUCUUGCAUUGACUAUACAAACUAAUUGAGUUUCAUUCGUUCAAUUAAUUCGAAUUUCAUUGUUACCACUUUUGGCUCAAACUAUUUGUUGUUAUUUUUCUGUGUGUUGUAUGUGUUUAUAGAGCAGUAUGGUAAAAUUACUAUGCACCAUACAUUUAUCUAAUAAUCCUUUGUUUUUUCAUGCAAUGUCAUUGUUUUUUUUCUUUAAUGAUUUGUUAUUUCCCUUUAUUCACACAGGUUAAUAAGUUAAUGUCUUUCAAAAAAGUUGUUGUUUUGUUGUGUUUUUUUUGUCGCUCCAAUCUCAUUCAUAAUACUUGUACAAUUUAAUUAAUUUGUUUACCUUGUAGUUAAUCAUUAUAAAGAUUUUUUUCUAUGAUAGUUGUUGCUCAUAUGUCUAUUAUCAUUGACUUUUUCUAACACUUUCUCUCUCUCACUUUCUUACAUCAUCUACCUUAAUCAUACUGAUUUUCCAGCUUGAUCUGACUUUUAUUCCCUAUUAUUAUAUAUUCUGUUCACUUAUCUAUCCGUUUGUCUCAUAUACUAAGUAAUAAUUAUUAUUUGUAUAUAAAACAAUUUUGUCAUGUGAAAAUCGAUUUUACUCUUUUCAUUUCUCUUACGUUUAAUUAAUGUGACUUUCUUUAAGUGUAGUGCUGUUUCUUUACAUAUUUAUGUUGAAUUUGUCUAACGCUUAUUGACCCUUCACAUAAAACUUGCGUUAGGUAAAACAAAUUAAUUUUACGGUAAUAAUAUCGUUAAUACUCUUACUCUCUCCCUUUGUUGUUAUCAUUAGUGUUGUUUUUUUCUGUCUCGGUACAGUACUGAUUAUUUUUAUUGUCUAAGCAACAACUCUUUCCGGUUCUGUUACUACCAGUUGUCUGAUGAACUAUGUGCGACUUAUUUUGCAUGUUUAUAUCAAUUAAAUUGUGUUUUGUUCCUUGUUUCUCGCCUCCCCUCUUCUUCCAUUGAUCAUUAGUUUCAGAAUAUGCUGAAUUUUUCUUAUUUUUCUAUUACCCUGCCCCCCCCCACCUCAACUCUAUGUAAUCUGAAAACUUAUUGAAUAAAAUGUGUCAGUAAACUAUAAAAACCGUAAAGAUUAUUUUAAAAAAACCUAUUGGCUUUGUUUUGAGGUGAAAGAAUUUCCAUUUAAGUUUAUUAUUAAGAAUAUCAUAGUUACUUGCUUUGUUGUUCCUAUUAUUUUUUAAAAAAAAACCCAACCUGUAGUCCGUCUCUUAUUUCCUUUGCUGUUCCCCGCCAGUCUUCAUAUUUGUAAUUUUUAUUGUGCUUCUUGCCAUGUGGUUUGCUUUAAUUGAUAUGACUUUUUAAAUUUUAGUUUUAUUUACGAAAUUAAAUUAACAUGGAUUAAUUUUUCUGUUUGCUGUUUACACAUAUUUAUUUUUAGUUACAAAAAAUAAUCAUAAUCAAAUGAUAACUGCUUCAUGUAAAAAGAAAUAACCAGAAAGAAUAGAAUAAAUGUAUGAUUUGAUUAUACUUUUGUUGAAAUUGUUGCAAACAUAUAUUUAUUAAACCAGUAAUUAUUAUUAUUAUUAUUAUGUUUGUUUGAUCAUUCAACUUGCUCCUUAUAAUUUUGUUCUUGAGAAGAAAAAUAUUAAUAGAGGUGUAUUUUAAAAGAAUUAAAUCUAUUUCAUGUGAUAUAUUAACUGGUUGAUGUUUUUAUAACGGUUAAUGAAUUUUAGGGUAAGUAGUGU